AUGCCGAUUGCCGUUGUUUUCUUAAAGGAAAUAACUGCGCCUGGUUCCGAGCACACCGUGAAUGGACGGUGCUUCGAUGGAGAGAUCCACUUUGUGUUGUUUAACAGCAAGUAUGGCACCUUAGAGAACGCCGAAAACAAACCAGACGGUGUUGCAGUGUUGGCAUUUUUCGUCACGUGGUCAGAAUUGCAGGCUCUUGAGUCCACCGGAGACUUCGACGCUCGCUAUGGAAAUUACCGCGUCUCGCAGCCGCUUGACGACCGCAUAGUGGAGUCAAACUUCCUGCCUCCCGGUAACACUCGAAACCGACGGAGGCACAGUUUGAGUCAUACACUGAAGGGGAGGGGGACAAGGGGAACUCCUUGUACAAAGGGUCUCGCUGGUGGAAUGGACCGUCGAAACUUCUAUUCCCGUUCUAUGAAUUGCACCAUCUACAGACAGAAACUCAACUAUUUGAUUUAUUUGAAAUGAAAUAAACUUUUUGUUUUGAUAUCUUUCGCAAAUCUUAAACAGUGCGAGUAGAUCAGCAGUUAUUCGUGUCUCUAAGGAAUCUAGUCUAACACAAAUUUUUAAUAAUUUUCUCAUGUAGCAUUGUUUACUGAAGUUUUUUAAUCUCUUAUAUUAGACAAAAUGGAUUCUUUUAAAAUAAACCACGUGACGCACUUAACCAUGCAUGUUUUUGUUAAAUAGUGUAUACCUAAUUAUCUUAAUGGUAUCAUGCUUCUAUUUUCCUUCAUUUGAAAUAAUCGUUUGUAUUAUAUGUAUAUUUUGGAAAUAUCUCUGAUCCAGCACAACUGUAUGCUUACUAGACUCAAGAAAUCAGCAAAACAUUUCUAGUUAUUGUGCGUGUGUACCAACUACAGCUGACGGAUAGAGCGACGAAUAUAAAUACUAAAGCGUAAUUUUUUUUAGGGAAUAUCACAAUUUUCAUAUUAAUGUUGAUAACAAGUUAAGUCAUCAACUGUCGGUAACUAAUUUUCAUUUUUUUAAUGUUUGAAAUAAUUUAACUGCGUAGAGUCAACAAAAUAUCAAUGGAGGAUUCCAUUUAGCAUUGCUGUGUUAAUGAUACAGGUGCUUUGUUACUUGCAGGCAAAGGUAGACGUACAAGAGAAGUAACACACACAUAUAUAAACCGUGCAUCCAUUUGAGUUUGCACACAACUAGCCUGCUUCAGGCAUUUAAGUGGGUUACAGAGACACGGCUUUUUCGACAAAAAUAGCUAGUGAUAU